AUGGAUAAGAAGAAACAUCUAUCUACCAUUGCUAACAGCGUUCUUCAGCGAUGUGCUGUGAGAUUGGAGAGGUCAGUGAACGAAUUAGUGGGAGAAUUCGAGAGCGUAUGGAAGCCGGAUAUGGGAGGAUACUCGAGGAAAUUAAUGGAGUAUUGUGCCGCUAAGGUGCUCAACGAAAUCUGCAGGAACCUCGAAGAAGCGAUUACGGAAGGAACUUUCAAUCGGUUCACCUUCGACAUGAUGCUUGCUUGGGAAACACCUAGUUCUGCCCAUGAAGAGUCUCAUAGGGAGUAUGUGGCCAAGGAGAAAGAAGACAUGAGGGAAAUACCUGAAACUGUCAAAUCGACAAAUGAGCAGGAUGACAUCUCUCUGUUCUACUCAGACAUCAUGCCAUUGCUUGUUGAUAAUGAACCAAGUGUCGGAGAUGAUGCAUUCGUGUGGUUGGCAUCAUCAGUUCCUUUAGUCGCCGAUUUCGUUAAUGGAAGAUUCACUUUCGAGACGCUAACGAUAUCCACAGCAAACCGUUUACAUUUCCCUGCCUACGACAUAUUCAUUAAAGAAAUCGACAAAUGCAUAAAGCAUUUGCAAAACCAAGCAACACCGAAGAACGUGGUCAUGGCAGAUGACGAGUACAUACUCCACGUUGAAGGAACUGCAAGUUCACAAAGAGUCAUCCGCCAUAUCGGAGGACAAAGUUGGCCUGGUAGGCUCACAUUAACGAACUACGCUCUCUACUUUGAGACCUCGGGAAUCAUUUCUUAUGAAGACGCAUUCAAACUUGAUCUAUCGAAGGACAUAGAACAGUCAAUAAAACCAGCAUCCACAGGCCCAUUGGGUGCUCCUCUUUUCGACAAAGCCAUCAUAUACGAGUCUUCUGAGCUGGAAGAGAGUGUUGAAAUCGAGUUUCCAGAGAUGACGAGUUCAACGAGACGUGACCAUUGGCUUGCUAUUGUGAAGGAAAUCAUGCUACUGCAUAAAUUUUUAGCAAAAUUUAAAGUGGAAUCACCCCUACAAAAAUGGGAGAUGCAUGCGAGGACUAUAAUGGGGAUCAUAAGACUCCAUGCAGCGAGAGAAAUGCUUAGAAUUUCUCCUCCUGAUCCGAAAAGUUUUCUUAUUUUUCUUUUGUUCGAUGAGCUGCCUACAGGGAGUAAUGUGCUACAAGAAGUUGCUGAAAGUUUGAAAACGGUGGACAUUGGGCACCCAUGUAGUGCUACAUCUGUACUUCGCAACUUAAAUGUCUCCCAAGGUUGUACUCAGCACACAGAAAAAGAAACGGGAAUUGCAAAUAACAGACCAGACAAUCUAGAAUCGUUGGAAACAGCUGUUGAACAAGUGAGAGAGGAAGCAAAAGAGAUCAAUAUUGCAAAAGCUAAGGCUGAUGAGUUGAAAGAUGAAGGAAUUGGCAAUAGUGCGCUUGUAUUAAUGGAGCUGGUGAAACCAUUGAAAGGUGCAUUGCCAUGGUUUAAAGAGAUCAUACAAUGGGAAAGACCAGCAAUAACCCUAACAGUGAUCGGAAUCACUCUUCUAGUUAUUUACAAAGAGUGGGUUGGAAUAGCUAUGGCAGCAUUCAUAAUGUGGGUAGUUUCAAAGAUGAUUUGGGCAAGAAAACAUGAAAUAGGCAAGAAAACCAAAUUUGUAGUGUGCACAGCUUCUGAUCAAACAACAAUGGAAAGCAUAGUAUCAGCACAACACGGACUCAACACAGUAUACAACAUCAUGCAAUCGACAAACAUCUCGAUAUUGAAAAUUUGGUCAAUACUGUUGUCCAAUGCCCCCAAGCACACGGAUAUGGUGAUUACGGGAAUGACGGGGUGUGCGAUUGUGUUGGCGGUGGUUCCUGUUAAGUUUAUGAUUAUGGCGGUUGUGGUGGUGAUGUUUGGAGUGACAUCGAAGUUGGGGAAGGGUAUGAGGAAGAGGAAGAAUGAUAUGGGGAAUCGGAGAUUACAGGGAUGGUGGGAUUCCAUUCCGGUUGUUCCUGUUGAAAUUGUGGAUAAGGUUGAAGAGAUUCCUAAGGCGACCAAAGUGGACUAGGGAGUAAGCGGUGUUGUUAUGUUGUUUGAAGAGAAUCAGCGAAUCGGAGAUGUUGUAAAGGUUCGGAAGUGUGUGCAAAAAUCGAAUUUAAAACUGAAAGAGAUCGUAACUGGAACCUUAUAGUUAGUAGUCCGGUUUGAAGGAUGAAAACUUCAAAGAGAUUUAGUUAUGUAUAAAAGUAGUUUGGUCUGAUUUGAUUUAGUGUAUACGGAUCUUAUUGUUAAUAGUGGAGUUGUGUUGUAAUAUCUUUCAUUUUCAGUAGCUGUAAAUUAGGAGAUCGAUAAAAAAUGUCAUGUUAAAAUGAGACUGGAAUAAGAAAAUGGGACUUAAAUAAAGAAG